GUUUUGUGGGUUGUAGUUUGGUUGAAAUAUUCGUAUUAAAUGGGCUCGUUCAAUAGAACAGACGACCGACUUUUCUUCCUACGAUAAGUAGAUAUUUUUCUUCAACUGCGACGGCAUUAAUUAAUUGUAGUUGUAGUUGUACAUAAUUUUUACAUGAAGUAAGGUCUUGCCUCUUAGAAAAACAAUUAAAAAUGGCGGAUGAAACCAAACUUGUGACGGUGAAGAUUGAUGAUGACAUAGAUCCUGAAAACUUUGAUUAUCGAGAAAAAAGUGACGACGAAAAAAAUGUCGAUGUAUCUGGAUUAAUCAGUGACGACGACUUCCAAGGUGAUCCAGACGAUGACGAUAGCGACACAGCCGAGCUUUUGUCGGGAAAAAAGAAGACGCCGCCAUUUUGGACGUUUGAAUACUACCAAACAUUUUUCGACAUUGAUACUUCGCAGGUUUUAAAACGAAUCCUGGGCUCGAUGGUGCCCGUGAAAAAGAGAAAUUUUCUCACCACGCAAAUACGUUCAAAUCCGGAUCUUUAUGGACCAUUUUGGAUAUGUGUCACGUUAGUCGUGACCAUAGCAAUAACCGGAAACCUUGCAAGCUAUCUCGUCCAUGUUGGCGAACACAAAUGGUCGUACAAUUUCCACAAAAUAACUUUGGCUGCUGUUGCCGUCUUUGGCUAUGCAUGGCUUGUGCCCAUUUUUGUUUGGGCUGUUUUGACUUGGCGAGGAAACACAGCAGCCUACUCGUUUCUCGAAAUAAUAUGCGUCUAUGGUUAUUCUUUGUCUAUUUUUGUACCCAUUUCGAUUUUAUGGGUGAUUCCUUUGGAAUUGGUUCGAUGGAUUUUGGUGGUGGUUGGUCUUUGUCUAUCAGGCGCCGUUCUCGUUUUGACAUUUUGGUCAGCUGUCAGGGAUGACGACAAAAAGGUCGCAUUCAUUAUAUUGUUGAUCAUAUUUCUUCUUCACGCCAGUCUCGCUGUUGGAUUCAAGCUGUACUUUUUUCACUCACCUCCCAGCAUUCCAAAAACAAGCAACCAAAAGUCCACGGCAAAACCAUUUAUGAGUCAUACUGUUGCAAAAUCAUCUAUUCUUACCGAUGUUACAAAGCGCCCUCGCAAAGACAUAAAUAAAAAACGAAAUGCACCACCAAGACCCAGAGUGACAUCGACACCGUUACGGAAUCACGCGCAUACAUUGAAACCCUGAAAUAUUUAAAUAUGUCAAUUGUCAAUACAGGCAAAACUAUUGGUCAUACUGGUUUGUUGUUUUGUCAGCAUUGUACAUGGGAAACAUUCAUAAAUACAUGUUACAUGUUUUCGACAUUUGUUGUAAACUCAUUCGCAGAGUACAAAGAAAAGUACCUAUAGUGAUAGAAAGUACUUUUUUUGACAUUACUUGAAAUCCAACACGACUUGCGUUUAAGGAUACCGUCUUCAUGUAGGUAUAGUUGAAAGCAGAUUAAUGUUAACAAUGUCAUGUUUCAUGAUCUCAAUAUGUACUCGAAUUGUAUUUUGAAUUAAUAAAAUUCAAUCAAUAUAGGAA